UAACUCCACCACUUCUUAUAACCAUCUUACCUUCUUACACAUGUGAACCAUCAUAAUCCAUUGCAACACAUGUUCAAUUGUUCAUCAAAACCAUAAACAAAUCAAACAAAUUCAACAAUAAUUUUUCUGGGAAUUUAGCAAAAAACCCAAUUUUAAUUUUAAUUUUAAUAUGGCUGGAGCAAAAGAUUUGUUAUCUCAUUUUGGUUCAGUAAUUGCAAGCCUAGUAUUUUUCUGGGCAAUUUUCCAGCAAUAUUUUCCUCAUCAUCUUAGAAGUCAUAUAGAAAAAUACUCUCAAAGAAUCAUUUCUUUGGUUUAUCCUUAUAUUCAGAUCACUUUCAAUGAAACAACAGGGGAGAGAUUCAUGAGAAGUGAAGCAUACGUCGCGAUUGAAAAUUAUUUGAGCUCGAAUUCGAGCAAGCAGGCUAAGAGACUGAAGGCUGAUAUGCUGAGAAACAACCAGUCUUUAUCAGUUAGCAUGGAUGAACACGAGGAAGUCGGUGAUGAGUAUAAAAGAGUUAAAGUUUGGUGGGCUUUUGGUAAGAAUGUUAGUAAACAGCCAACAUUCUCAUUUCAUCCUGUUGCUGAUGAGAAGAGGUAUUACAAGUUGACUUUUCAUAAGAAAAACAGGGAUCUUAUUAUGGAUGACUACCUUAGUUAUGUGUUGAAAGAGGGUAAUGCGAUCAAGAUUCGGAAUCGACAAAGGAAGCUGUAUACUAACAAUGGAGCUCAAUGGAGUCAUGUUGUGUUUGAGCACCCUGCGUCGUUUGAGACUUUGGCAAUGGAGCCGGCGAAGAAGGAGGAGAUUAUAGAGGAUUUGGUUACGUUUAGUAAAGGGGAAGAGUUUUAUUCGAGGAUUGGGAGGGCGUGGAAGCGAGGGUAUCUGCUGUAUGGACCUCCAGGGACAGGAAAAUCGACUAUGAUUGCAGCAAUGGCGAAUCUGUUGAAUUAUGAUAUUUAUGAUCUUGAACUGACUGCUGUCAAGGAUAACACAGAGUUAAGGAGGCUGCUUAUUGAGACCUCGAGCAAAUCGAUUAUUGUGAUUGAGGAUAUUGACUGCUCGAGGGAUCUUACAGGACAACGGAAGAAGAAGCCAGACAAAGAGGUGGACAAUAUUGGUGGUGAUGAAAAGAAAAAAGCCAUGAGUAUGCUUGCUAGAGAAGAACAGGAUGCCAGUACAAGCAAGGUUACACUGUCAGGGCUAUUGAAUUUCAUUGAUGGUCUGUGGUCAGCUUGUGGAGGCGAAAGACUGAUCGUGUUCACGACUAACCAUGUUCAUAAGCUCGAUCCUGCAUUGAUCCGUAGAGGGAGGAUGGACAAGCAUGUUGAACUGUCAUACUGUGGGUAUGAAUCCUUCAAGAUUUUGGCCAAGAAUUACCUGAGAAUUGACUCUCAUCAUCUGUUCCCAACCAUUCAGAAACUGCUGGAUGAGAUUCAGAUGACUCCUGCUGAUGUUGCUGAAAAUCUGAUGCCUAAGACAGCUUCUGCAGAUGCAACUUCAAGUAUACAAGACCUUGUUGCCACUUUACAGUCGGUGAAGCAGGAAGCGGAGCAGAUAGAAGUGGGACAAUGAAGGGUGUCACAGUAUUCACAAACUAUGGGAAUUAGAGGAUUUUGGAGAAAGAUGGAUAAUUAAGCUCUGAGCUUGAAGCAAUUAUUCAGGUUCAAAUUUUGGAGAAAGAUUGAGUUUUAUCAUUUUCAUUAAUAAGCAUGUAAUUGUUACUUGAGAUAACAAGAACAAGCAGGAAAUAGAUACUAUCAGAUAGGAAAAUCCUUAUUCACAUAGAAAAUUGGAAUUAGAAGAACAGUUAGGCAGCUGGAUUGGCUUUGAUGCUUUUGUGAGGCUAGUCUUUUCUCUGAAAAUAUCAGAUUACAGCAGAAA